AUGGAUGCAUCCGUGCUGCAACUCAUCUCCGAAAUUGGAGCACGUCUCGGCGAGCGAAGCCGUCCUACCAAGGAUUUCAUUGUCAAAUCCCUGCGAGAAGGUCUCAGAAAGCAAGAAGCUUCCCAAAAUCGAGUUGAUUCGUUAAAGACCCUGGAACAUGCGAUCGCUAGUGAUCUGCUUCAACAUGCAGAUAAAGAUGUUAAACUGCUAGUUGCCAUAUGUGCCACUGAAAUUUUUAGGGUCAGGGCACCAGAACCACCUUUUGAGGGCAAAGAUUUAAAGGGUGUAUUUAAACUUAUCAUCAGCAUCUUUGCGGAUCUAGCUGAUACCUCAAGCCCACUGUUCUCGAAAAGGGUGAAGAUAUUGGAAACUGUGGCUCGGUUAAAAUGCUGCGUGAUAAUGCUGGAUAUUGACUCUGAAGAUUUGAUUGUCGAGAUGUUCAGAAUUUUUUUCUCUGUUGUAAGAGAUGACCACCAUGCAAGUUUGACCGAUGCUAUGUCUUCUAUAAUGAUAGAUAUAUUAAACGUAGGAGCUUCUCAGAAACUCUUGGAAGUGAUAUUUCAAAAUCUUAUAAAGGGCAGAAAAGAUGCAACCUGUGCUGCUUCUCAACUAGCUGCAUCUGUCAUCAGUCGUGCAGAUGAGAAAGAGCUGAAGCCCCUUGUUUCUUGGUUUUUAACUUCUUGCAUAAAUGACAGGGAUGCUGUGAGCUCCGGGCUGAAAGAAUUUUACCAUGAAAUUAUAUUUAGAAUAUUCCAAUGUGCUCCCGAGAUGCUUCUUGCUGUUAUCCCAAGCUUGAUUGGAGAGUUGUUGGCUGAUCAGGUUGAUGUUCGUAUAAAAGCUGUUAAUUUGGUUGGGAAGCUCUUUGCACUUCCCGAACAUCAUGCAGCACGGAAAUAUCAUGAUCUUUUUGUGGAAUUUUUGAAGAGAUUUUCUGACAAGUCUGUGGAUGUUAGAAUUAGUGCCUUGCAAUGUGCUAAAGCUUUUUAUAUGGCAAAUCCAUCAGGGAAACAGUUUCAUGAAAUUAUCUGUGCUGUUGAAGAUCGUUUACUAGACUUUGAUGACAGGGUAAGAAUGCAGGCAAUUCUUGUUGCCUGUGAUCUUUCCAAGUCAAACCUGCAACUUGUACCAUCCAAACUAAUAUCUCAAGUCACUGAAAGAAUUCGGGAUAAAAAGAUAUCUGUUAGAAAGAAGGCCUUGCAAAAGCUUAUGGAAGUAUAUCAAGAAUACUGCAAGAAGUGUUGUGAAGGCAGCAUGACAGCUGGUGAUCACUUUGAAGAGAUUCCAUGUAAAAUUUUGAUGCUUUGCUUUGAUAAGGAUUGUAAGGAGUUCAGUUCACACAACAUGGAAUUGGUUCUUGCGAAUGAUUUAUUUCCGGAGCAUCUUUCCAUUGAGGAAAGGACAAAUCACUGGAUACACAUAUUUUCUCUUUUCGGUCCUCUUCAUGAAAAGGCAUUACAUACUAUUUUAUCUCAGAAGAGAAGGUUGCAAAGUGAGGUUAAAAACUAUUUGGCCUUGCGGAAGCAAUUGAAGGAAAAUUGGUCUGAAGAUUUACAGAAGACUACUGAAAAUAUGUUCACAAAAAUGGCCUCAUUUUUUCCAGAUCCUCCUAAAGCAGAAGAGUGGUUACUUAAAGUGAACCAGCUUAAAGAUAAUAAUUUAUUUAACUCACUCAAACAAUUGUUGGAGGAGCAGACUUUUACAACCACAAAAAUCAUCGAAGAUAAGCUUCUGCAAAUGGUUGGGGAGAGCAAUCCAUAUUUUGAGUUUCUACGUUCACUCUUCUCUAAAUGCUCAUACGAUAUUUUCAGCUCAGAGCACGUCCAUUAUAUUGUAAAUUAUCUUUCCAAUUCCACAGUCGGAAGCAAGCGCUUGGAGGAUUCUUCUAUAAAGCUUCUCCUGGCCAUUGUGAGAACUUUUCCUGCAAUCCUGAGAGGCUCCGAAAAGCAGUUCCAAAUGUUGCUGGGGCAGAAGAGCGCAGUAAAUGACAAGCUGAUUGAGGUCUUAGCAAAAGCAGGCUCUCACAUUUCGAUCAAACUCAGUGAUAUCUACCCAUUUCUUCAAAGAAUGUGCAUGGAGGGAACUCGCACACAGGCUAAAUUUGCGGUCUCGGCAAUGGCUGCCUUGAGUUCUGACCAAUCAUUUUUCUCAGAUCUCUACAAGGAACUUAUUGAUUCUCUUUAUAGCCAGCGCAAUGUUCCGACAGUUUUGCAGUCUUUGGGAUGCGUUGCACAAUACUCUAUUUCAACUUUUGAUACUCGACUUGCGGAAAUUACAUCAUAUAUUUCUCAGAGGAUUGUUCAAGCGGAGCACUUGGAUGACGUUCACAAUGCAGCUUCGUCAGGGGGUUCUUUCGGGUGUAGCGAUUCUUUCGGGUGUAGCGAUUGCUGCCAAUUGAAGAUUUAUGGGCUAAAAACACUGGUGAAGAGUCAUCUGCCAGAGCAAGGGAAUUGUGUGAAACGGAAUAUUACUGGUUUGUUGGACAUUUUGAUAAGAAUGUUGCGGCAGAGUGAUCAUCUUAUCGGUUUGAAUUCUAGUGAAAGUGAUGUGGCUUGUACCAGAUUAGCUGCUGCAAAGUCAGUUCUCCGGCUGUCUAGGAGGUGGGAUCAGCAUAUAUCUCCGGAGAUUUUUCGCUUCACUAUUUUGAUUGCAAAGGACUCGUCACCUUCUAUUAGGAGAUUAUUUCUAAAUAAAAUACACAAAAUGUUGAAGGAGCGUAGGCUACCUAUUAGAUAUGCAUGCGCUUUUCCAUUGGCGGUGAUGGAUGGGACUGAGGAUCUGCGAGACCAUAGCUCUAAAUUUUUGGCAGAAUUUAUCAAGGAUUAUAGUAUAGUAGCUCGAACACAGCAAAUUUCUUCUGCGCAAGGAGUAGUUUUUUGUUAUCCAGCAUACGUUGUAGUCUUUCUGAUUCAUGUUCUUUCUCGUGAUGCUGAUUUUCCAUCCGGAGGCCGUCAAGAUGAACAAUUGUGUGCUGACCUCUGUAGUCCCCUCUAUAUUUUUAUGCAGGCAUUAGUCAAUUCAAAUAUUGUUGAUGGAGACCAGGACCUUGUAAAUGAUGCUGUGUUAUAUCUUUUUAGUAUUUUACGAGCUAUCAGAAAAGCCGAGGAUGCUGUGGAUGUGCAGAUGACUACUAAGCUGCAUAUGCUGGCUGACAUUGGUAUAUUUAUUUUGAAUGCAUUAAAACACGGCGAAAUUUCUGCAUCGCAAGCCCCGGGACAAAUUUUGCUGCCUUCAUCGUUAUAUAAAAUGAGUUUUGCUAAGAACAGUGCUAAUCUCAGAAAUUUCUAUUUCGAUGAAUGCUUUCUGAGUGGCGUCUUGCAAAAACUUAGAUCAUACGUCCCUCAGGCAUGUGUUCAAAAGCCUCUCAGAACUCUUAAAUAUGGUCGCAAGUGUCAAGAGGAUGUUCCAAAGUGCAAUAUUAACAAAUGCAUUACAUCCAAUUUGGCAUCUAGCAAACCAGAUGAUUUGUUAUGGAGGGAAACGACACAUGUGAAAACCGUAAGGCCUGAUAUCCCUUCAGGGAAAAGGAGGAAAAAUGCCGAGUCUUCCGCCAACUCUGGGCCAGUUUGUUUGCAUGAGUGUUCCACUAUUCAUAGGCUACAGAAUGCAUCUGAACCUUGUGAAAGAACGCUGGAAGGGAACCAACUUUCAUCUUGUGGUUCCGUGAGUUCUCUAGUCGAAUCGCAUGUUGCAACCCGCAAGUCAAAAAGGAUUGCUGCUUCUUUGAUAGAGAAUGCCGUGAGAAGCGGAAAAUGCACUGGUCAACCUUCGAAGCGCCCCAGAACCAACCUCAGCGAUUCUUGUGGCACAAAGAAGGAAGAUGUGCUGGCAGACCGUUCAAAUCAACGUCACUUAUGGCACUGUGACCCGGGUAAACAUUCUCAGCGUGGCAGAUCAAAGAAAACUAAUGCCACGACAGGAAGCAAAGUAGCCAACCUUAACCAAGAAAAUGUGAAUGAGAACGUAAGGGGAAAAUCUACGGGGACUUCAGAAUCAGAAGUUGUAGAUACAAAUGAAAAGGCUACGAGUCACUUGGUAUCCGAUAUCCUGGUCAAGACGAAAAGGACAGCGAUAGAAUAAGAUUUUUGAAGUUGACCUUGGCGACUUAUAUUACGUGUGUUGAUAAUAAUUAGUCCCGUUUCAACUAUCAAGCCUCGUUAAGUCUGUAAAUUAUAAUCGCCUGCCAUGAUUUUUCUGUUUAAAUUAGUUAGGUUAGCUGCAAGUAGUUCACGUAGCAAAAGCUUUUUGUGCUCGCAUAAUGAGUGCCUCGUUACACAUUCCUUGGAAAUGGUAUUAAUGUGGCACAUUUCAUAACAGCUAGUCAUGUAAUCGUGUAGAUUACAAACACCCCCCCCCUGGGGGGGGGGGUAAUCUGGAAGACUGAGGAAAGUUGAAGUGAGAAUGAGGGCAGAAAUGGAAGUAGAUAUGAAUUGAAAAUGGAAUGUUAAAGUAUGUUUGGAUUAGUAUAUGUUAGUUGGAAAUGAUUUUAAUAGAAAUGUAUAGGUGUAUAAAAGACUGACUAAGGCUUGGCAAGAAAACCAUCCGUGCUUGCUUAACCAUCGUGGGAGAAAUCGAUCAUCGAAGGGAAAAAAUUGCAAAUUGGAAGUCCCCAAUGCAAAUAGGCAGCCAAGCUUCAGAUCUAACCAAAAAAAUCAACCAUUAAAAAAAAAUUGAAGUUGAAAUCGCCACCUUUAUCAUAGUUAGAGAGUGAUGUCGAUGACAAGUCGAGGGGAGAGAAGAAUUGUUCUGGAAUACGCGAUGAAGAAGGACGGACGGACGGACGGAGGAGAUGGAGCUGUUUGUUGUCUCUAUUUGAAGAAGAAAGACGGAGAUUUGAAGACAUAGAGUGUCGUCUCUCUCUGCCAUCCUCACCAUAGCUAGAUCUCCCAGGGC